GUCUCGGAUCCACUGCACUCGCCUUGCAGGGGAUAAGGCAAACUACUGGUGGCUGAGACAUCACCCGAAAGUGCUCUCAAUGAAGUUUAAGACAGGAGUGAAGAGGGCAGAAAUCUCCAACGCCAUUGAUCAGUAUGUUACCGGGACCAUCGGCGAGGAUGAAGAUUUGGUCAAGUGGAAGGCACUGUUUGAGGAAGUCCCUGAAUCAUUAACUGAAGCCCAGAGAAAAGAAUGGAUUGAAAAGCUUAGUGAAGUUUCUGUCAGCUCUGAUGCCUUCUUUCCUUUCAGGGAUAAUGUAGACAGGGCGAAAAGGAGUGGUGUGGCAUACAUUGCUGCCCCUUCUGGCUCAGCUGCUGACAAAGUUGUGAUUGAGGCCUGUGAUGAACUGGGAAUAAUCCUUGCUCACACCAACCUUCGCCUUUUCCACCACUGAUGUCAUCACACGUUGUAUACGGUUUGCUUUGUGUGCAUAGAUGAAAGGUCACGCUUGACAUUUUGAAAGUACCUUUUUCAAAUAAAAUAAAGCAUUAAAUAUUAAUCAUCUUGGAUCCAUA